AUGGGUCCAUCUUGUAGAAGAGCAAGAAGCACAAGAAAAUCAUCAUCAAGAAGAACCCUUUUCAAGAAAAAGCCUCAAAACGCGAAGAAAAAUCAAAAAAUCUCAGUCGUUUCUUCGCCUUCUUCCACUUCCCAGGCCAAGCCCUCGUCAAAUGAUUCGUUGAAGAUAGAUUCUGGCUCCAUAGAUUGUGAUCAAAGUAUUGAUAUGUUGUCAAGCAGUAGUGCUUGUUCUACACCUAAGGCCGAUAGAUUCCGAAUACCGGAGAUUACAACUUGCCCUCCGGCACCAAAGAAACAAAGAAUAGUUACAAGUUGUUCGUUGCGAAGAAGCCCUAUAGCCUUCUUCGAUCCUCCGGAUAUGCAGCUCUUCUUUUAUUUUGCUCUUCGUGGAAUCUCGGGCUGA